AUGGCCAUUCUAAAGAGGCACGAAAGCGACGACGGCAGCUCGUCCAAGGAGAAAGAUUACCAGCAAAGUAAUAGCCAUCUCAACAACUCGAACGAUGACCUCCAGCGAAGCAACCCUACUGACUUUUCGCCAGCUACCACCGAAGCCGACGUACCGCCGCGUGACAUUAAUGGCUGGAAGUGGUGCUUGACACUCGUUUCCAUCUUGGCUUCUACCUUCUUGUAUGCCCUUGAUGCGACAGUGGUAGCUGAUCUCCAACCCGUUAUUCUGCAGGAACUCGGCGGUAUCCAGGAGCUGCCGUGGCUGAGUGUCGCAUUCCUGCUAAGUGCAACGGCCACCAAUCUGCUCUGGGGCCGCAUGUACGGCCACAUCACUGCCAAAUGGUUCUACAUAUUCCACGUGGCAGUUUUCGAAGUUGGCUCUGCAAUUUGUGGUGCUGCUCCAUCUAUCAAUGUCAUGAUCUUGGGCCGCACUAUUGCUGGGAUGGGUGGCUCAGGGCUUUAUGUCGGCUGUAUGACACUCAUCGCCACUACUACCACCCUCACUGAACGUCCCAUAUAUGUCUCCUGUACGGGCUUUACAUGGGGUCUUGGGAUCGUUUUAGGACCUUUAAUUGGAGGUGCUUUCAGCAAGUCGUCUGUGGGAUGGCGAUGGGCUUUCUAUAUAAACCUCUUCAUCGGAGCGGUGUGCGCCCCCUUUUACAUCUUCCUGAUUCCGAAAAAGGAUCCUCGUCCAGGCAUCUCCGUACGGGAUCGCGUGUCAGAGCUGGACUAUCCUGGCAUAGUGCUGCAAGCUGGAAUGCUGUCCGCACUGAUUCUUGCCAUCAACACUGGCGGUAUCUUAUACCCUUGGAACUCCGGCCGCAUUAUCGCAACGUUUGUUGUCUUUGGUUUGCUCUGGGUUCUGCUUGGUAUUCAGCAAGUAUGGGCAAUUGCCACGACAGUCUCACGCCGUAUUAUUCCAGUGCAGUUUUUCCGCUCACGUACUGUGCUUCUUCUCUUCGUGGCCACCGCAGCAGGCGGCGCAUGCGCAUUCACCGAAGGCGCACUUGAGGCUGGAGUGCGUUUGCUCCCUUUUGUGGUAGUCAUGGUGGUGUUUGUCUUUGUCAAUGGCCAACUGAUGGCAAGACUAGGGCACUACAUACCUUGGUUCUUUGUGGGCGGAUUGUUGACCGUCGCCGGCGCCGCACUCAUGUACACGGUUGACCAGGGCACCUCCGAAGACCAAGUGUACGGCUACACGGUGCUAAUAGGCACUGGUGUUGGUAUGUAUCUCCAGGCGUCUUUUUCUGUCACCCAGGCUGUCGUGGAUAUGGAGAAUAUCGCACCAGCCAUCGGUUUCAUCACACUGGCCCAGUUCAUAGGUAUAACCAUUGCUCUAGCCAUUGCCAACUCCAUUCUCUUGAAUUCCAGUCAGGAUAGAAUUCAGCACAUUCUGCCUGAUGUGCCGGUAUCUGAAAUCCAAGGCGCCAUCUUGGGCGCUGGCUCGAGCCUGGUACAGAAUCUUCCGUUAGAUCUCAAGAUUCAAGUUUUCGCUGCCAUUGUUGAUGCCAUCGAUGAAGCGUAUGUUCUUGUCAUCGCCGGUGGAGCCCUUGUCGCCAUUUCAAGUUUGUUCAUGCGCCGCCAAAGGCUUUUUGGUGCCGCGCCUGCUGUUGCGGCUGCUUGA